AUAUUUUUAAGAGAAAUUAUGAUUAAUUUUAAGCACAUGGAACUUAAUGGAUUAGUUACGUCUCUGAUUCGAGAUUCAAAUUCACGUUUGAAAACAAUAUUGUUCUCAAUACCAUUUAUUUCGAGCUUGAUGCGAAAACUUAUACAAAUUACUGUACAUAAUGCUCGUAAAAUUUUUUCAGUUAUAAAUUGCAAUUUUUUAAAAAUAAAAUUAUAUUUCUAUGAAUAGUGGCGAAAACUAUAAAAAUGUUUUAAAAAAAUAAUUGAUACAUACGACAAUUCUGCUAUCAUGCAAACAAAUUGUGGAAAGAUUAUAUAUACUCACACUCAACGCAGUGAAAAUUAGGAUUUUGGAAAAUUUUCUCUUAAAAUCAGCAUACUUCAGCAGGUGAUCCAGGUAACAAUGGCUAUGAAUUGCUCUCCAUUAUUUGGCGGAAUCGAAAAUAUUCAAACUUAUUCCUCAAAAUUAAAGCUUGUUAAAAAUACAUUUAACUGGAAAAUUGAAAAUUUCAAGUUUAUCUGUCAAAAUAUGAAGGUAAUUAGAUCUCCGACUUUUGUGUCGCAGCAUUCAAAAGAUGAAUAUUUUAUUGAAAUUCAACCAACAGAAUUAAAAGAAGACAACGAAGAUCUAUUAAAUAUUCAUUUCAUUUGUGCAGACAUUACAAAAUUUAUAAAUUUCAGAAUAGCAAUAGGAAGAAUAAUUUUUGAGGAGUAUAGAUAUCUUCGCACAUUUAAAAAAUUACAAAAAGAACAAAAUUUUUGGGAAAUAAGUGGAUCAGCUUUAUAUAAGGCUUUCGAGCAAGUUUUACCGGCGAGUGUUAUAAUCACAUGUGAGUUUAGUGUCAUUGUUGGUGAUAUAAAUACAAUAAAAAAGCCACUAACUGAUUUUCAAAAAUGUAAUGAACUAAUAGCAAAUAUUAAAAGUUUGCUUCAUGAUGAAGAUCUUAAAGAUGUUGUCUUCAAAAUAGAGGAUGAAGAAUUCACAGCUCACAAAAUUAUUCUCGCCAGUCGAAGUCCUGUGUUUGCUGCAAUGUUCAAGAACAAAAUGAAUGAGGAACUAACAUCUAUUGUCGAAAUAGAUGACAUAAGAUCAUCAAUCUUUCAGCAAAUGCUAAAUUUUAUUUAUACGGAUCAAGUGGAAGAUUUAGAAGAAUCAGCAUUCGAAUUAAUAGACGUUGCGGAGAAAUAUCAACUAGAAAAUCUUAAGUCUAUGUGCAUCAACAGUCUACAUGACAAUCUGUCUGUAAACUCAGUUAUUAAGACUCUGGAGAUUGCCGAAUUGUAUUCAGUUGAACUGUUAAGAAAUGAAUGCCUCAAAUUUAUGUACGAGAGAAAGUUUGAUAUCUGCGAGACAAACGAUUUUCGAGAAUUAAUAAAACUGCGUCCAAAUUUAUGUAUAGAUAUUUUAAAAAUGGAGAAAAAGGUACAUCCUGUAGAAGAAGAUGAAAUACCAGCAGAAGAUUCAAAAGAAGAAGAAGAAGAAGUAGAAAAAGAAGAAGAUUCUUUUAAUAAUUGGGGUUACAGAUUUAAAUAAAUCUAUUUUGGAAUACUUUCUUAAUUAUGCAUCCUGUUUAUUGAAACAGAAUAAAAAGAUAAAAUAAGCGAGACAUUUGAAAAAAGGACCUAAGAAGCAAACGAAACAUAGGUUUAUGUUUUUGAUAAAUUUACCUCUGUUUCUUUUUAA